AUGACUGUCGUUCACAUUGUGCUGUUCAAGUUCCGGCCCGAGGUCCCGGAUGACCUCAAGGCGACAUUCGUCCGGGAAUUGAAACAGCUGCGAGACUUGCCUUCCGUCCUGAACAGACGUCUCAUCGUCGGCGGGCCGUCUAUAAGCGACCCCAUCGAGCGAAGCAAGGGCUACCACUAUGCCCUGGUCAGUUACCACAAGGACCCCUCAGCCCUGGCCGAGUACCAGGCGAGCAGUGAGCACCACCGAGUCACGAGCACGUAUCUCUGGCCGUUCAAGGAAGAUGUUACGCGGUUCGACUUUGAAGUAGCGUCGGAGGAUGAGCAAGUCUGUCUCGGGUGGAUAUGA